AUGCGUAAGACACUACAAGGAAUUCGUGCCUCAUGUUCCUUCAAGUGCGUCAUUAUGCACAAUAACGUCUUCCAGUCAUGCCACUCGGAAGGCGUAUUCGCCCUUAUACCCAACGGCAGGAAGAUUGAUGCUCAUUGUCUCCGAAGUCCUCGCUUAAGUCUUCGAGAGGAUGAGAAUGUGAGAACGGCGGUGACUAUGAAAGCUCUUGCUGAAUUACGAAGUCGACGCGGAGAUCAAGGUCUCCACUUAAAUGGGUCUUUUUUUUCAGAGCUUCUUCUCCUCCCCACCCUCAGCCCAGAGAAAAACAACACUCAUGGUCACGCCCACUUUGAAGGCAUGGGAGAAGACAAUCAGUUCGCCCUGAGGAUUCACCCAGCUAUCACCAUGAGGCUUCUUCCGAUCGCUUUAGCCGCUAGUCUCAUUGCCUUAUGUCACGCCGGAGGAAGCUAUGGGUCCAGUGGAAGUGGAUUUGGAAGGUUCUCCAGUGGAGGCUUUAGAAGUGGGACUAAGUUUUCGAAUGGACAGGGCUCAGGCGGGAGAGUCUCCUCUGUAAGAAGCUAUGGCUCUCGUGGAAACCCAUUGGCAGGAUUUUCUGGAGGUAGCCGGCUUGGUUCUUUCAAGAGUGGUCAUAGUGGUUUCAGUGGAGUUUCACCUGUAAGUGGUUCUAGAAGUUAUGGCUCUACUGGAGGCUUCUCCAGUGGUAGCCAUGGCAGCCUCACCAGUGGUGGCCAUGGGGGCUUUGGCAGUAGUGGCUUUAAAAGCGGAUCUUCUGGAAGCUAUGGGUCUGGUAUCUCUAGUGGCCACGGGAGCUUAGCUAGUACUAGUAGUUUUAGAAGUGGCUCAUCUGGAGGCUAUGGUUCAUCUGGUGGUAUCUCUAGUGGCCACGGGGGCUUAGCUAGUAGUAGUUUUAGAAGUGGCUCAUCUGGAGGCUAUGGUUCCUCUGGCAGUAUCUCUAGUGGCCACGGGGGCUUAGCUAGUAGCAGUUUUAGUAGCAGACCAUCUGGAAGCUAUGGUUCAUCCGGUGGUAUCUCUAGUGGCCACGGGGGUUUAGCUAGUAGCAGUUUUAGUAGUAGACCAUCUGGAAGCUAUGGUUCAUCCGGUGGUAUCUCUAGUGGCCACGGAGGCUUAGCUAGUAGCAGUUUUAGAAGCGGAUCUUCUGGAAACUUUGGUUCAUCUAGUGGCCAUGGGGGCUUAGCUAGUAGCGGCUUUAGAAGUGGAUCAUCUGGAAGCUAUGGCUCAUCUGGAAGUAUCUCUAGUGGCCACGGAGGCUUGUCUAGUAGCAGUUUUAGAAGUGGACCAUCUGGAAGCUAUGGGUCAUCUGGUGGUUUUGGUGGUAGCAGAUUUAAAACGGGAUCUACUACAAGCUAUGGGUCCUCUGCUGGUUCCCCCGGUAGUCAUGGAGGCUUUGGUAGUGGAAUUAAAGGUGGAUCCUCCAUAAGUCAUGGGUCAUCUGUUGGUUUCUCUAGUGGUCAUGGAAGCUUUGGUAGUGGGCUUAAAGGGGGGUCAUCUUUAAAUCAUGGGUCAGCUGCUGGUUUCUCUGGAGGUCAUGGAGGCUUUGGUAGUGGUGGCCUUACCAGUGGGUCUUCUGGAAGCUAUGGGUCAUCUGGUGGUUUCUCCAGUGGCAGCCUAGGAAAUUUCUCAAGUGGACACUCUAGAUUCACAGGUCAUGGAGGUUUCAGUGGGAAUGCUAUCAAAGGAAGUUCUGGAAGUUAUGGCUCUAAGGGAGGUGCAAUUUCCAGUGGCAGAUUGGCUGGAUUUUCCAGAAAUCAGGGAGGCAGAUUUUCAUCUGGUGGUCAUGGAGGUGGACAAACUAAAGGUUAUGGAAAGUAAAAGAUUGCUGUUAGUUACGCUAAAAACAUUCGGUUUUUCAGACGACCAAUGUUUCAGAAUAUGUACUUUUUGCUGAAUAUAAACUUUCAGGUAA